CUAUCAUGUCAUCUCCCCUGGUGGUUCAAAGGGUCUGGAUUGGAUGAGACAUACUCCAGUGUACUAUUUCUCUGGGGCCCAAGUCUUUUGGCUUAGGCUAACCUUUUCAUAAGAGAACUGAGGUAGCAAAAAGGCAGAAAGGUUCCUAGGAAAGUGGACUUUUGGCUGAGACACAUGAAAUAUGUAAAGGUGUGUGUGUGUGUGUCCCCACCACGAGCCAGAAAAACUAUACGACUCAGUCAAGCGCCACCGGAUUGAUAGCGAUCUCCACAAAGUAAAAGUACUAUGGGAAAGGUUUCAUGAGUAAAUUUUGACUGAACAAGGAAAAUGGAGCAAAGAAGUCCUGGUUUAACUGGAUCAGAGCACAGUGGGACACUGGAGGCUAAAGAAACCAUGAAACAUAUCCCGGAGCACAUUUACUUGUCUACCCUCCCCCACACUCCUGCAACUCUAUAAGGCUAACAUCUCCCUCUUCCAUCAUGGCCAAUUAGGUCGCCCAGUUCAAAACUGUAUUAGUGGUCGAAAUAAUUACUCAGGAGAGUCAUUAUUUACACGUACGUCAACGUGCCAGGCAGGCGGCAAGCAGAAACUGUUCGAACCGCUUUAAACCCCAGCGCUUGGUGGGAGCAGAGCCUCACCGCUCUACCUCAAUGUUGUAAUUCUGAGGUAGGAGUUUUCAGUUUUGGUGCCUCUGGCCCAUGAAACGCCAACCAUAGCACCCUGGGGGCGUGGUUGCCGUCUAGUUGGGGCUCUGGGAAGGGCAGUCCUCCGGGGGACCAGGCCUGAUAAUACCAUAAAAGGUUCGGUUCUCCCAUUUCUGGAGCCGUGUUCUGUUGACCUUCCCCCAGGAGAGAUAUCCGCGACCACAUAGUGCAGAAUUCACGGUUCUCGAAUCCCGUGUCCGGCUUCCUAGGCCCUUUCAUUGGCUCCGCCCCCAUAAGGCUUACUCGGCCACUCUCGGAACGCUCUCCUGGAUAGAAUACAAGCCGCAGCCCCUCCCCCUGGCUCCGCCUACCGAGCCCGUAGCGUGGCCCAGGCUGUAGUUCGCGUUUUGAGCCGCUCGUGCCACCAUAGCUGCUGCCACCGCUACCGCCGCGGAGCUGAAAUCGCCUAGCGCGAUGCCUGAGGGCGCCGUGCGCGGGGCAGUCCCCGCGCCCCAGGGCUGGUCAGUAAGAGGGCAUACUGGAAGGACCUGUGGAGUGGGAAGACAGUGCCACUGGUGAGACAAGUCCCAAGACUUGGCCAGAAACUGUCCCCGAGCCUCCUCAUCAUGAUGGCCGUGGAAGGAUCAACCAUUACCAGCCGGAUCAAGAACCUGCUGCGAUCCCCAUCGAUCAAAUUACGCAGAAUUAAGGCAGGAAACCGGCGAGAGGACCUCAGCUCCAAGGUGACCUUGGAGAAGGUGCUUGGAAUAACAGUGUCUGGAGGCAGAGGACUUGCCUGUGACCCCCGAUCAGGUUUAGUUGCGUACCCAGCUGGGUGUGUGGUCGUGUUGUUCAAUCCCCGGAAACACAAACAGCACCACAUCCUCAAUAGUUCCAGGAAAACCAUCACUGCCCUUGCCUUCUCCCCUGAUGGCAAGUACUUGGUCACCGGUGAGAGUGGGCACAUGCCUGCCGUGCGGGUUUAUGAUGUGGCUGAGCAUAGCCAGGUGGCAGAGCUGCAGGAGCACAAGUAUGGUGUGGCUUGUGUGGCCUUCUCCCCUAGUGCCAAGUACAUUGUCUCUGUGGGCUACCAGCAUGACAUGAUCAUCAGCGUCUGGGCCUGGAAGAAAAACAUUGUGGUGGCUUCCAAUAAGGUGUCCAGUCGGGUGACAGCAGUGUCCUUCUCUGAAGAUUGCAGCUACUUUGUCACUGCGGGCAACCGGCACAUUAAAUUCUGGUACCUCGAUGACAGUAAGACCUCAAAGGUGAAUGCCACUGUGCCCCUGCUGGGCCGUUCAGGGCUGUUGGGGGAGCUUCGGAACAACCUGUUCACUGAUGUGGCCUGUGGCCGUGGGAAGAAGGCCACCAGUACCUUCUGCAUCACGUCCUCGGGGCUGCUGUGCGAGUUCAGUGAGCGGAGGCUUCUGGAUAAGUGGGUGGAGCUGAGAACCACUGUGGCCCACUGCAUCUCUGUGAGCCAAGACUACAUCUUCUGUGGCUGUGCUGAUGGCACUGUGCGCCUCUUCAAUCCCUCUAACCUGCACUUCCUCAGCACCCUGCCCCGGCCCCACGCCCUGGGGACAGACAUUGCCAGCGUAACUGAGGCCGGUCACCUCUUCUCUGGAAUGGCCAAUGCCAGGUAUCCAGACACCAUUGCCUUGACCUUUGAUCCUACUAAUCAUUGGCUGUCUUGUGUAUACAACGACCACAGCAUUUAUGUUUGGGAUGUGAGGGACCCCAAGAAAGUGGGCAAGGUGUACUCAGCCCUGUAUCAUUCCUCCUGCGUCUGGAGUGUUGAGGUCUACCCUGAAGUGAAGGACAGUAACCAGGCUUGCCUGCCCCCUAGUUCGUUUAUCACCUGUUCUUCAGACAAUACCAUCCGCCUGUGGAACACAGAGAACUCCGGCAUAUAUGUUUCCACCUUGCACCGUAACAUCCUCAGCAAUGACCUCAUUAAAAUCAUCUAUGUGGAUGGAAACACUCAGGCCCUGCUAGACACUGAGCUUCCUGGAGGAGACAAAGCCGAUGGGUCUCUGAUGGAUCCCCGUGUGGGCAUCCGCUCUGUGUGUAUCAGCCCCAAUGGACAGCACCUAGCCUCAGGGGACCGUAUGGGCACACUCAGGGUGCAUGAGCUGCGGUCCCUGAGUGAGAUGCUCAAGGUGGAGGCCCAUGACUCGGAAAUUCUAUGCCUGGAAUACUCGAAGCCAGACACAGGUCUGAAGCUGCUGGCAUCGGCGAGCCGGGACCGGCUGAUCCAUGUGCUGGACGCCGGACGGGAGUAUAGUCUCCAGCAGACAUUGGAUGAGCACUCAUCCUCCAUCACUGCUGUCAAAUUUGCAGCCAGUGAUGGGCAAGUCCGCAUGAUCAGCUGUGGAGCAGACAAGAGCAUCUACUUCCGCACUGCACAGAAGUCUGGAGAUGGAGUACAGUUUACACGGACACACCACGUGGUACGGAAGACAACCCUUUAUGACAUGGAUGUGGAGCCCAGCUGGAAGUACACGGCCAUUGGCUGCCAGGACCGAAAUAUUCGGAUCUUUAACAUCAGCAGUGGAAAGCAGAAAAAGCUGUUUAAAGGGUCACAGGGUGAUGAUGGCACUCUGAUUAAGGUGCAGACAGACCCCUCAGGAAUCUACAUUGCCACCAGCUGUUCUGACAAGAACCUCUCCAUUUUUGACUUCUCCUCAGGCGAGUGUGUGGCCACCAUGUUUGGCCACUCAGAGAUUGUCACUGGCAUGAAAUUCAGUAAUGACUGCAAACAUCUUAUCUCCGUAUCAGGGGACAGGGUCCUGCCCUUCCCCUCCUCACCCAACUCUAUGACUCUGUGCAGCUGCAUAUUUGUGUGGCGCCUGAGCUCUGAGAUGACCAUCAGCAUGAGACAGCGUCUGGCUGAGUUGCGCCAGCAUCAGCGAGGGGGCAAGCAACAAGGACCACCUUCUCCUCAAAGGUCUGCUGGACCCAACUGGCAUGAGGCUCCGUCGAUGCUGUCUCCUGGACCAGCUCUCUCAUCAGACAGUGACAAGGAGGGAGAGGAUGAGGGCACUGAAGAAGAACUUCCAGCUCUACCCAUUCUUGCCAAGGGAACCAAGAAAGGGUCAGCCUUAAUGCCCAGCCCUGCCCUGCCCCGAAGCCUGUCUCACUGGGAGAUGAGCCAGGCACAGCAGAUGAUGGAGUUCCUGGACCACACUCCUGUGGGCAACCAAGGACCCAGAAGAAGGGGGCGCUGGGCUCAGCCAGGUGCAGAGCUGAGUGUUCGCUCCAUGCUGGACUUGCGGCAGCUGGAGACACUGGCUCCGAGCCUUCGCGGCCCUAGCCGGAACUCGCUGGCCGUGUCCCCAUCUGGCCCUGGGAGGCAUGGUCAGCAGGCCUCUGAGACCUCACAUGCUAGCCAGAAUGAAAAGCCCCCUCAGCCUCAGGCUUCCCAACCCUGUUCCUGUCCCCACAUUAUCCAACUGUUGUCCCAAGAGGAAGGGGUCUUUGCCCAAGACCUGGAGGCUGCACCUAUUGAAGAUGGUAUUGUCUACCCAGAGCCAAGUGACAGCCCCACCCUGGAUACCAGUGGCUUCCAGGUACAGGCUCCAGCCCGAGGGACCCUGGGAAGAGUGUACCCAGGUGGCAGGGGCUCAGAGAAGCACAGUCCUGAUAGUGCCUGCUCUGUGGAUUACAGCAGCAGCCGCCUUUCCAGCCCUGAGCAUCCCAAUGAAGACUCUGAGAGCACGGAGCCCCUGAGUGUGGAUGGCAUUUCCUCAGACCUUGAAGAGCCAGCUGAGGGUGAUGAGGAAGAGGAAGAGGAGGCAGGCACUGCCCACUAUGGGCUGCAGGAUGGCAGCCCUCAUACCCCGGACCAGGAGCAGUUUCUGAAACAACACUUUGAGACUCUGGCCAAUGGGGCUGCUCCAGGGGGCCCAGUGCGGGUGCCAGAGAGGACAGAGUCUCGGAGCAUUUCUUCACGAUUCCUAUUACAAGUGCAGACCCCCCGACUCAGGGAACUGUCCCCAUCUUCCUCAAGCCUGCCACUGACGUCGAGACCAGCCCAGAUGCUGCAGGCAUCUGGUGAGGACCUGGGAGGCAAUGGUGCUAGUCCUCCAGGAGCACCCCCAGAGGCGGCACCCUCCCCUGGAAACCCUGGCCCCCAGCAGGCAGCCCCUGUGCUGUUGCCACGCCACCGUCUCAGCCCGGAUAGCAGCUGGGCCCCCAAGAGAGUGGCCACAGCCAGCCCCUUAGGUGGACUCCAGAAAGCCCAGUCUACACAGAGUCUGGUGCCGCAGGACGAGGCCCCUCCAUCAGGCCCAUUGCUCUUACGGGAAAUGGAGGCCCAGGAGUGUCUGCGCUCCCUGUCUCAGGCUGAUGGCCGUCUGUCUCGGCCCCACUCCUACCAGAAUCCCACCGCUAGUUCCAUGGCCAAGAUAUCCCGCAGCAUCUCUGUUGGGGAGAACUUGGGCCUGGUGGCUGAACCUCAGGCUCCUACCCCCAUUCGAGUCUCACCACUCAGCAAGCUGGCCCUGCCCAGCCGGGCUCACCUGGUCCUGGACAUCCCAAAGCCACUGCCUGAUCGUCCUUCUCUAGCCACAUUCUCACCUGUAACCAAAGGCCGGGCCCCUGGUGAGGCAGAACAACCUGGCACCCUGGCAGGCCUAGGAAAGACUCAUAGUACACCGGAAAGGCAGGCUUGUUUGGGGGAGGGUAUCCCUCUCAGGCCAAGGACAGAAUGCCAGCCUCAGCCUGGGCCCAAUGGACCCAGUGCCCAGCAACUGCCAGUCAACAGCCUCCUCCAAGGCCCUGAGAACUUGCAACCCCCACUUCCUGAGAAGACUCCCAGCCCCAUGGGCUGCACCAGGCCAGGGGCAGCCCUGAGCCAGGACUCAGAGCCAGUGGUGAACCUGGAGCAGUGUGAACAACUUGUGGCAGAGCUCCAGGCCAGUGUGCGCCAGGCUGUGGGGCUUUACCACUUGGUGGCCAGCUGCAAGACACCCUCAGCAGAGCAAAAUCGCAUCACCCAGCUCCUCAGAAACACCUUCUCUUCAGUGCGGCAGGAGCUAGAAGCCCUGGCUGGGGCAGUAAUGUGCAGCCCAGGAGGGAGCCCUGGGGCCGUGGGGGCUGAGCAAACGCAGGCCCUACUGGAGCAAUACUCAGAGCUGCUGCUUCGAGCCGUGGAGCAGCGCAUGGAACGCAGACUCUGAGUUCCAGAAGCCUGUCCUAAGUGAAUGCUCCCUUUAUUCCAAACUGUAGUCCUUCUUCCACUCUUCCAAAACCUGUGGGGAUGCUGAGUGGAUAGCAGGGAUCAAUGUUCAGAGGGGAAGGGCUUGCCCAGCUGCUCCUCAUGGGGCCCCUGUAUUUAUUAAUUUAUUUCCCUGA